AUGGGUGACUAUGUGAUCUUCACCAACGAACCAAAAAAUGUGCAGGCUGUGUUGGUCACAAAAUUCAAAGAUUUUGAGAUCGGCCAGCGGCGUCGCGACAACUCUGCUGAGCUGUUGGGAAUUGGCGUCUUUAAUGCGGACGGCCAGACAUGGGAGCAUGGUCGAGCCUUGGUACGGCCGAACUUUACGCGGAAACAGGUCGCCGACUUGGGUCUCUUCGAAAAGCAUGUCCAGCGUCUCUUUGAGGCGCUUCCGAAAGAUGGGACCGCGGUGGAUAUUCAAGAAUGGACUUUGGACACCGGAACAGACGUUUUGUUCAGUGAGUCGAGCGAUGUGCUCUUGCCCAGCGCCACCGAGGUAGCUCGCAAGUUUGCAUGGGCAUUUAACCGUGGCAUUGACGGGAUUGCACAACGCAUUCGAUUGGGCCGGUUCGCCCGAUUCUACUAUGAUCCGCAGUAUACAGCUGCCUGCAAAUUUGUCCACGACUAUGUUGAUGAGAUUGUUGCCAAGGCAGUUUAUCGUGCUAAAGAGUGGCAUGCGGAAAAGAAAGACAAACCAGUACCACCAGAUGACGCAGAGGAGGAACGGUAUACCUUUUUAAAUGCCCUUGCUCGAGAAGGAGUGGAGCCCAAGCAGAUUCGGGACCAGAUAUUAAAUAUCUUGGUUGCUGCCCGCGAUACAUCCGCCUGCCUCAUGAGUGCGGCGGUAUUUGAGCUUGCCCGCAGACCCGAGUACCAAGUACAACUUCGACGGGAAAUCGCCGAGAAAUUAAGUGGACGCCAACCCACAUUCGAAGAUCUUAAAGAUCUCACCUUCCUGAAUCAUUUUGUCAAAGAAACUCUACGCAUGUACCCCCCAGUGCCGCUCAACGCACGGGUAGCGAAGAAUGACACAGUUCUACCCCGUGGGGGUGGCUCGGAUGGCAUGGCCCCAAUUUUUGUGCCCCGAGGGCAGCUCGUCGUGUAUCAGGUUUAUUCCAUGCACAGGCGAGAAGAUCUGUGGGGUUCGGAUGCGCACAUAUUCCGCCCUCAGCGAUGGGAAACGACACGGCCUACUUUUGAGUAUCUGCCAUUCAAUGCAGGACCGCGCAUUUGCCCUGGCCAGCAAUUCGCCUUGGUAGAGACAAGCUACGUCUUGGUCCGUUUGCUCCAGGAAUAUUCGAACAUUGAGGCCCGUGGCAACAGUGCACCGUGGAGGGAGCAUCUGACCCUUACUUGCUCGGUUGGUCAAGGUGUGUGGGUGAGUCUGGUCAAAUGA